AUGGAUUCGGAUAUCACAGAGGCUCCAGCUAAUGAAGGCAGUGCUGAAGCUCCAGCCAAUCAAGACAAUGUCAAGCCUCCAGUUAAUCAAGGCAAUGCAGUAGCUCUAGCUAAUCAAGACAAUGCCCGGACUCCAGCUAAUCAUGGCAAAUCAAAAAUAAAUCAUUUACGGGCGAUUUUAUCAGUUCGUAAACAAUUGAAAUUUACAGCUGAUUCAAUCGUCACUAUAGUCGGCAUGCUUACCACCAUUUUCAUUAAUGUCAUUGCGAUACCAGACAAUUUAUAUUUAUUCUUAAUUGCAUCGUCUUUGGAAUUCAAAUUUUUACUAUAUAUAGUGCUUGCAGUGUUGCUAGGAAUUUAUCUUCUUUCACCAGCUAUAACAGUUUCCUGGGUAGUAGUCAGAGUAUCAACUUCUAAUCUUGUCCUUUAG